AUGACUCGUAACAUACAAGAAGUUCUUGGUGUUGCUGAUAAAUUGGAUCAGUAUUGGGUGUUGUAUUCUUCCUCUUCUGGCUUAGGAGGAAAACUUGGUGAUGGGUCUCGUUUAAGCAUCUCCCCAGAGCGCAUGAAGACUUCAUCCACCAAGGGUUAA